UUUUUUUUAACCCACGUGGCCAGUGCACAAGGGUUUAAUAGUCCCUUUAUUCCUUCCUACUUGCUGCAUUUCUGAUCCUGUGGAGAACAGAGAAAGUAAAAUUCCAAAGGCAGUUAAACAAGAAGUGUUGAAAUCCACAAGAAAUCCUCAGAGCAAGGUCUCCUUCACCAUGUGGCUGUGCCUGGCAGUCCUCGUGGGCCUGUACUACCUCCUGCGCUGGUACCGGGAGAGGCAGGUGGUGAGCCACCUCCGAGACAAGUACAUCUUCAUCACGGGCUGUGACUCGGGCUUCGGGAACCUGCUGGCCAGGCAGCUGGACGCGAGAGGCUUGAGGGUGCUGGCUGCGUGUCUGACGGAGGAGGGGGCUGAGCAGCUGAGGCGGCAGACGUCAGACAGGCUGGAGACAGUGAUCCUGGAUGUCACCAAAACAGACAACAUUGCUGCAGCCACCCAGUGGGUGAAGGAGCAUGUGGGGCACAGAGGACUCUGGGGUCUGGUUAACAAUGCGGGAACCUUCCACACAGCUUGCCCUACUGAGUGGCUGGCAUUGGAAGCCUACAUGAAUACCAUCAAAGUGAACCUCCUUGGUUUGAUUGAGGUGACCUUGAACAUGCUUCCCUUGGUGAGGAAAGCACAGGGGAGGAUUGUCAAUGUCUCCAGCAUUCUGGGAAGAGUUGCUUUCCUUGGAGGAGUCUACUGUAGCUCCAAGUAUGGAGUAGAAGGCUUCACAGAUGUCCUGAGGCGUGAGCUUCAACAUUUUGGGGUGAAAGUCAGCAUAAUUGAACCUGGCUACUUUAGAACUGGAAUGACAGACCAGAAGAGGAUCACAGAGAAAAUAAAGCAGGCCUGGGAGGAAGUCCCUGCUCAUAUUAAGGAAACAUAUGGACAGAAGUAUUUUGAUGCCUUUUACGAUGACAUCAAACAAGGGCUGUUGAACUGUAGCACAAACCUGAACCUGGUCACUGACUGCAUGGAACAUGCUCUGACAUCUGUGCAUCCCCGCACUCGAUAUUCAGCUGGCUGGGAUGCUCAAUUUUUUUUCAUCCCUGUAUCUUAUUUACCUACAUCACUGGCAGACUACAUAUUGACUAGAUCUUGGCCCAAACCAGCCCAGGCUGUCUAACAAAAACUACUUUGGUGGUUUUUGAAGUGAAGGAGACAGAGUCUGAAAUGGAUCAUCAAUGUCUCUGUAACCCUUAUUUAGAACCUAGACCUUUUGUACCAAUGAGCUUUCUUGCCUAAACUCAUUCAUCUUCAUUUAUCAUCAGAGAACCAUUAUGGCAACUCAAGCUUAGUCCUUCAGGUGCGCAGUCUUUACUGUCUUCAUCAUUUUUUGAUGAGAACAUUUACUUCCUUGCCCUAUUAGAGUAGACUGAAAACAACAUUGAUAUUAUUGAUUUCUGUAAAUAAAUAGCUGUUCUAUACUGUAAUGAACUAUUGCUUGGGGUCUAUUGAGAAAUAUGUGGGUCUGUUUAUCUUAGUUCAAAUGGGUCUGUACUCCAUUAUGCUUAAUAAAUACUCAUUUUGUUUUCUCCUA